UAUAAUUUAUUCAGAUUUGAGCAAUGAAAUGAUACUAUAGGGGAAAUCGAUUGGGAUGCACUCUAUGGGGAGAGUAUGUGGAUCGUUUUUUGGAUUGUUUAACCCAAAAUGCUCAAGAACCGGUGAUCAUGUUGCUGAGCUUUUGCAAACCACGGCGUUAUAUGGGUACUGUGACCGUAUCUUCUGCGUUUCAUGUUACGAAGAUGCUUUUCGAUGGUAACUCUCCAGAGGUCAACGAAUUUAGAGCAAGAUUACCUCUACAAGUGGAUGACGUUGGAACAAUUGGAAGUAUCGUUUUAACCGCUGGAGCUGAUGGGGAUGAAGGUGUUAUCAAGACUACCACGAUCAAAGCACUCUUGGACACUACAAAGCCCGGUCCCUACUGGAUUGUUAGGAAGAUUGCUUCGAUAAAUGAUUUGGGCGACUGGUGCUAUUUGGGAUGCACCAAAUGCAACAAAAAGGUUGUCCCUGAUGGUGAUAAGUUCAGGUGUACGGGAUGUAACACUACCAUGCUGCAUGGAGUGUACAGGUUCAAGGUCAAUGUUCGGGUCUAUGAUUCCACCGGUCAUGCUUCAUUCGUCCUUUGGGAUAGGGAGUGCAAGGAAAUUUUGGGUGCAAGUGCUUUUGUGCUUAGGGAAAUUAUGCUUGAGAAAAAUAUGGACCCAAAUUUCAUUCCGACAGAGCUUAAUCGUUUGCUAGGUGUACGUGGGUUGUUUCACGUCAUUUUGAAAGCCGAACUUGGGAGUCCAUACUGGAGUGGAUCAAGAGCCUUUGGAGUUAGAUCGUUGGUCACGGAUGCAAAGAUAAUGAGCAGAUUUGAAGAGUUGCUUGAGUGUGAAGAGGAAGGAUUUGAUGAAGAAAGUGAGGGUCUAUGGGCAUCUCUUGAGGAUUUAAGUGAGAAGGUUCAUGAAGUGAUUGCCUCGAAUGACCCCAGCUCCAGUCAGAGUGUGAACCAGAAGCAUAGAAGGAUUGAUGACUUGGACAAGACUGACUCGGUGAAAAGAGAGCUUUUUGAUGACAUCUCAACAAGUCAAUGCAAGAAAAGCAAGAAGGAUAAUCCAAGCCAGUGAACAUCGAUCAACUGUUAUGUGUUUAUUCAUCAAAUGAACCGCCUCAGUUUUUUGUUGUUUUUUUUAUUUCGGUGGUGGUCUGCUUUUCCUAGGAAACGUCCUAGGAAACUUUAAAUGUUUGUUUCUAUGAACCACCUCUGUUUUUUGUUUUUU